AUGUUUUCCGUACCAUUCAUAACAGACAUUUUGCUUCAACUUCCGGUGAAAUCCGUCCUCCGAUUUAGAUCUCUAUCCAAACCAAUUUGUUCCUUAAUCGACGGCCCAGAUUUCAUCAAUCUGCAUCUAAACCAUUCAAUCACUACCAAAUCUAAUCACAGCAUCAUCCUCAAAGAAUGGGAUGUUUUCAACGUUGAUUUCGAUAAUCUUUCUGCUGCGGUGGAGGUGAAACACCAUCCGCUUUAUGCCGGUGGUGGAACGGAGGUUAUCGGUUCGGUUAAUGGGUUGGUGUUUUUGAGGCAUUCGGAGAGAAAUAUUGCGGUGUAUAAUUUGUCGACAAGGGAGUGGAAGAAAUGCUAUGUGCCAGAGAUUGAGCCGCCGCGGCGGGAUUUGAUAACUAUGGGUUUGGUUAUGAUGCUGUUUGUGAUGAUUACAAAGGGGUGA